AUGGACCAACAUCUUGAGCCUCACCAGCGGGCAACCACACCGCAUGACCAUUCAGUCCACGAGAACAGAAACAUCCAUUCUUCCGCCCGAUCCAAUUCCAGUAAUCAACUAACCGAAUCGCACCCAAAUUCGGCUCCGGCUUCUGUAAAUCCGGAAUAUGAGAACGAGGAAGAUACCAUCGAUAGUUCAAACCUGGAUGGAGAUACUGCCGCCGAUAGACCUUCAUCAAACUGGGACUCAGCAGUCCUCGAUACGUGGCUCUAUGAAUUAUGCGCCUUGGUCUUUAGUCUUGCAUGUUUCAUCGCUAUAAUCGCUGUGCUUUGGGCGUACGAUCAAAAAUCGACGCCAACGAUGUGGCAGGGUUUGACAUUGAAUACCAUUGUCUCAAUCCUUGCUACUGCCUCUAAGUCAUCUCUAAUCUUUGUUGUGGGUGAUGCGAUCGUUUAA